AUGGUUCCUCCGCCGCGUUCGGUGUCAGGAGAGGCAGGUAGUGAAUACGGCACGAUGCUCAAAAUUCGGAACGUUCAAAUGUUGCCUGACGGGCGCAGCGUCGUCGAGACCUGGGGUAUUUGGAGAUUCCGCAUCAUAGAACGGGGAACCCUCGAUGGUUAUGUCGUCGCUCGGGUCGAGCGGGUGGACGACUGGACAGAAGGCGAAGAUAGCGAAGAGGAGCAGCACUCCAGCGCCCCAGUGGGUGUGACGCUGGCUGCAAGGACACGGGACGCAGGUACGAGCUCAGGGUCGUUAGCGACAGAUCCAGGGCCUUCAACCUCCGCUUCCGCGUCAGCGUCUUCGUUAGCGAUGGCACCACUCGUAUCACGUCGCUCCCCAACGACGCCGACGAACGCCGAACUGAUGGCGACUUGUAAUGCAUUUUUGGAGGAGCUGCGGCAAGGAACACCGUGGGUUGCACAGAGGCUGAACACUAUGUAUAUUCCCAUGCCGCGGGACGCGGAGACAUUCAGCUUUUGGAUGGGCGCGCUGCUCCCGAUUGACGAGUACGAGAAGGCCAAGCUACUCCCCAUUCGUUCCGCGCGUUUGCGACUGCGUCUGGUCGUCCAUUGGAUAGAACAACUGCAGAAUCAAUGGUGA